AUGAAGCAUUGGAUGCAGGACAUGGGUAUCAGCAUCUUCCUCAAGGAUCGGACCGUUGUCCCUGUCUGUUUCGGUGAUAUUUUCCUGACCACGUACUCGCAGAUCUUUGGGCCCGUUGCGGGCAUUUGGGAGCAUCUGCGUAGUUCUUUAUCGGGGCACGGUGAGAUGGAGAAGGAUUUUGCAGAAAGAUCUUGGGCCGCGCUGCUCUCUGUGCCGAUGGUUCCGGAGGAGGAGGUUCAG